AUAUUCAUUGCAGAAUCGUCUGUAUCUUUUUUCAAGUGUUCGAAUGAAAUCAGUAAUAAAUGAGUGCGUUUGUGAUAUUUGAUACCAUAGACUCAUUAUUCAAACGACUAGGCGAGACAGAACCUGUCGAUAAACAACGACCCGGGGAACCAGCUGACCUCGAUAAAAUACAUUUGUUGGAGCUGGAAUCACUUUUCGGACGUGCUCUGCUUGAACGCGCUAUCGCAUUAGUCUACGGGAAGCAGCCGAUUGUACUUUACCAAACGCCGGACGGAAGCUCUAAUUUGGCGGAGGUGCCCGGAUCGAAAUUUGCUACAGUUUAUAAAGUUCUGCCAACGAUCAACUUCUGUGCCUGCGAAUCCUUCCGUGGCUGGGUAUUACAACAAAAGCGUCAGCCGACCUGUAAACACGCACUUGCGACGAAGCUGGCACUGGUGUUAAACAGAAUUCAAAUCGAAUCUAUACCAGAGGAUAAAUUAAUUGUUUUAAAGAAACAAUUAGUAGAAGAUUGCUUAAAAUCUAGGGUAUCCUCAGGACGCUAA